AUGAGUAUUAUUCAACAGUAUGAUGAAAAUUUGGAUGAGGAAGUCUUAGAUGAAAAGGUUGUUCCUUCAAGGGUUAGGACGUCGAUUCAGCUGGUUAAGAAUAUGUCUAAUAACCCAUUUGAAAGGAAACCUCAAGGAAGUAAACUGAUGAAAACCCCUUCUUUACCUGUACAGAAAUUUCAGAAAUAUGUACAUAAUUCCAAGAACAGGAUGGAUCAUACAAAUUAUUCCAAACUUUCAGAAGUUUCUUGAAAAGAAAAUUCACACCUAAAACCGAGCCUUCAGAGUGAUAUUAAGGGCUUACUUCAAAGAGCAAUUAGGAUCAGAAACUCAUGAAAAUACUCCUCUGAACGCCACAUCCUCUGUGAGAAAAUUGAGGAUGAUUCUGUUGACUCUCCCUAUAUCUGAAAGAGGGAAGUGACAAUGGAAGAUAUUUUGGCUCCUAAUUAA